CGCAGUUGGCUCACACUGUCGCACGUGUGUUUGGUCUACCCGUGCUUACAAGUAGCGAUUCAGGACACUUGACUUGCCUUUAUUUAAGAACAUGAGGCAGAGCUACGGGUGAUAUAGGCUGGGAAUAAGUCUAAGACCUUACAAAAGAAAAAGGAACAAGAGGAUAUCAAGAUGAGAGCGUCUAGUUUGGUACAAGAGCUUCGUGGGAAUCUACCCAUAGCUGCUCUACAACAGUUCAACAAGGAUGUUGAAGAAAGUAGUAAUCCCCAAGAGAUCAUAGAGGACCUGCUCUAUGUUUCCCCUGAAUGUGCAGAAAUUAUGAGGUUACUGCGGAAGGAAAAUAUCAGUUCAAAUGAACUUGCAGUCAUUCUUUCCAGCUUUAGUCACAUACUCCUGAAUAUUGCAGGAGAGCUAAAGAAGUACAGAAAGACAGGUGUCUUCAUUACUCAAGAACUCCUACAUGAUCAUAUUCAUCACUUCUACCAGUUGGUGUCACCAGCCAGUAUAAAUAAAAACAGCAGAGCAGCUUUACAAUGCCUUACAGGGAUGGUUAUGAUUGGAUAUGAAACUGCAACUGAAGUGUUAACAAAUUUAGACUGGAAGAGAAUGAAUUUAAAUAUUCUGUUGAGUCGUCGAGAGAGUGGAGUUUCUAGAGACGUUCGUGCAUGGUGCAUGUACUUUCUUUUGGCCUUCCUGAAUGCACCAGAUGAUGUGACACUUGUCAAGCAGUUUCUUCAAAAUGCAGAAUUGCUGCCAUCAGUUUUUCCUGGCCUUGUGUGGGACCCAUGUGAAACUGUCCUUAAUGUGUUAAAAGUGUUAAUGGACUCUGUGUUGCAUAAUCCUCAUGUAAGCAAAACCAACAAGGUUCACCUGUUCACACCAGCUACCACAAUGCCACUUUUACAACUUUAUAGAUGGGUUGGACCCGCAGGCAGCAUAUCUAAAAAAGAUUUUGAACUAGAUGAGGAAUUAGCAGCAAAAAGAAUGAAGGAACAAGAACAAAUCAGAACUGCAGUACACAGGCUCAUGCUGACCUUGUGCACAAGCUAUAAAUAUGGCAUUGUUUUCAAAGAAAAGGUGGUGAGACAGGGUGAAAUCUGGUCCAACAAUUGGGCUGUUGGCAAGAUCCUAUCAAGUCUUGAAAGCCCAUGGAAAUUAGAGGAAGGAAAGGACCUCCUUGUUAAAGCAAUAGGAUACAGUCCAGACCUCCUGAAGUCAUACCUAUUUUCCAUCCAUGAAAUUCUUUCACCCCGAGCAUCAUCAAAUUUUAUAUCAAUCAUAGACAUGUUAAUCAGGAUUCUGGAAUACCAGAAGCCUUGGAGAUAUUUGGCAGAGAAAGGUUUAAGAGGUGUCCAAGUAGCACUAGUUCCAAGCCCAUUAGGUGAAAAGUUUUUCAGUAUCCUUCUUGAGUCUGAAAAUGAGAGCUGUAGGCUCUGUGCAGUGUCACUGAUGAAGACCAUUCUAUCAAAAACAAGUGAAACUGUUAAGCAUUUGGAAACAGACAAGUCUUUGCCCAGAGGAAAGUUUCUUUCCAUGCAGAAAUAUCUGCUAGGGAAUGUUCAUACCUACUUAGGUGGGGUCAGUGGUGUAAUUAAAUGCUGGCAGAGAUCUACAGGCCAGUUACCCUUUAAGAAAGGAGAUGGUAGAGAAAGCACAAGGAAGUCCAGCACUGAGUUACUCAUUCCUAUUGUUAAAGUUUUAAUUCUUUGCCAAGAAUUAUUCCCAGCUCAUGCAAAUGAAGAAGCUAUCCAUUCUUUGAACCUGUUACAAGUUGUUCGAAAUUUGACUGAUAGUAAUGACAGUAAUAAUGAGAACAGGGCAAAAGCAGUAGAGAUGAAACUAGAACUGCAGUUUUUGUGUAUAGAGUGUUUAUCAGGUUCUAAUGACAGACAUGGCAUUAUUGUUGACAAUUUUGCUUUAGGAGGUGCAGAAAAUCAGCAGGUUGAAAAAAGUAUGUUGUAUCAGUUAAUCAUGACUUAUUCUCAGGCAAAGGAAGAAGUUUCAUCUUUUGACAAAGAAAAAUUGAAGACACAUACUUUUACACAGAAAUGUUUAGAUAUAAUAUCAAAUAGUUUGAUUCAUAAUGGCCUCACUGUUUAUGAAGGAGAUCUAAGUUUCUGGUUGGAUUACAUAAAGGACAACUCUGUCCAGCUUUCAGCUUUCUUGACUCAUGUCAUCCAAAAGACUGUCUUAUCCCUUAGUGAGUAUACAGAUCUUCUUAUUGAACUGGCAUCAUCUGGUUUGCAGGCUAGUUAUGACACUUCAUUUAUGAAGGAACUAGAGGAAAUGGAUGUCAUAGACAAUGAAGACAUUUCUAAUCUUAACUCUACUCUACCGUUUUCUCGGCUUGUGCCAGCAGCUGUUGAGCUUCUAACAGCUAAUCCAGAUUCAGAUUGUAUACAGUACUUUUCUCGGGUGGUAAAUGAUUACCUUCAUACACUGAAUAAUCCUAUAUAUCUGGCAGAUUUUCUUCUAGACAAGGGAAAUAUACUAACACCUGAAUUAAAGCAAUACUUAAAGUAUUGGAGCCAAGGCAAGCUAUCUUCAAAAGCAAAGACCCAAAUUUUGAGUAACACUGACAGUCUGGCAGAUAUUCUUAAACAUGUCUUCAUGAGUCGAGAUUGGUCAUCGGUUGAAGCUUUGUUAGAGGCUGAGAAUUUGCAUCUGCUUAUGAAGGAGAGUAAUAUUAUUUUGACAGCACAACAAGUUCUUGUUUACUUAGAUAAAGAGCUAUCAGGAGAUGAUAAAAGCAGUAGAAGUAAACUGACUAAGAAAUUUGUAUAUGUUCUGAAAAACAUGUCUGCAGUACUUGAGCAAGAUGACCAGAGCCAGUCAAAAAAAUUAAUUCAAAUAAUUUUAGAAUAUCAUUCCAUUCUGUCAAACUACCGGCCAUUUUCCUCAACUAAGAAGAACAGUGUGACCAGUCUUGCUCAUACCUUUAUUUCUUUAGUGCUUUCAAAAUAUCCAGAUCUUGCACCUGUUACAUCACCAUAUUAUGAUAAGUUGUUUAAAGACAUAAAGAUGCACCUGCUUCAACAAGAUGAGGAAAUAGAUUUCCUAAGUCCUGUGAUACCAUAUAUUUCUUCAGAACAUGUACUUUUAAGUUAUGCUCAGGUUGAAGAUCUCUUCAUUGUUUGCUUGAAAUCAUCCUGCACAGAUUCAGUAUCACUAAAUAACUUGUUGUUAGAGCUCCUCAAGCUUUUGUCACAAAUAACAAGUGCAAAAAGGAAACCAAAAGUGCAGUCAGUAAAUUUGAUGUUGGUAAAGUAUUUGGAGUGGAGUCAACAAAGGGAAGAACCAAGGGAUGAAAAGAAGCAAAUGAUGUCAUUUCUUGAGCAAUUGCUGAUAGAGGUUUUGACUGCUGAAGAAGUUAAACAUCUACGCUCAGAUGACUUGAAGUCUCUCCUUCACUCUAGCCCACCCAGUUCCAAGCUGUGCUGCCACAUUUUGCAGCUACAUCCACCCCAUGCAGUCAUUUUUGCCAAAAAGCUGAAGAAGCAGAAAUCACUGAUACCAUCCCAUACAGCUCUUUUAGCAUUACUUGCAGCGCAGGAAGAAAGCGUACCCACAGUUGCUGUAGUUUUACGUGAUUUGGCUGAAGAUCUCAAGUCUUGGGCUCUCACGAUGGAAGAAGAGAAAGGAGGAUACAACAAGCUCUUCAGCUGUGCACUGAAAUUUGAAAUAUUUGAUCAAGAAAGCUUACUUGAAAUGUGCAAGAAUUUAUAUGAGAAGAUAGUCAUCAGGAAGGAGGCACCACCUAGGGAAUAUCUAAGUUUGGUACCAGCAUUUAAAAAAAUAGCUGAUACUGGUGUCAAGCAUAAAGCAUUACCUUUAGGUGUCAACUUGACUCUCCUACACAUCUGCCUUAGUAGCAUCAGGACCCUUUUCAAGAGGGAGGAUACAGAGUUGUUGAAAGAAACAACCCAGAUUGUGAAUGAUAUUCUUCCUAGUAUUAAUUCAUCAUCACUAAAGAAUAGUUUGCUAGAUAGCAAGUUAUGGCCAGCAUAUGUAAAGCAAGUUUUGCGGCAUAGCUUCAGUGAUAGAACAUUCUGGGACCAAGCCUUGGGCACACUUAGACCUGCGUUUAGCAAUAAGGUUAGAGAGAAAAGGGAAACGAAGACAGCUCUUCCAUCACAUACUGUCUAAUCAGAUGAUCUUUCACAUUCACAUUAUCUAGAACUAAUGUUCAACAGAAAGAAACAGAGUGGGUCAUUGAAAGAGAAGGUGAUUGCUUGGCAGCAGGACUUUGUCAACUGUAAUAUCAAAGUUAUGUGA